GUGGUGGUGCUGCUGAUGGCGGGGCGAGAGCGAGAGAGGAGGCAGCGACACACAGCCAAUUCGAUUCCUCUGUCGGUCUAAUCUGCGUCCAGAAACAAGUACUUGUGCCGAAGGAGUUUUCAUUCUUUUCUCAUCUGAGAAGGAAGGCAGGCAGGCUGAUCCCGUCUUAAUCAAACAGAUCUCAUCACCCCGAACUUGCUUGAUCGAGCUUUAGAUCCGGCCCUGGUCUUGAAAAGAAAAAGAAAAAAAACAGACUAACAAAGAGGAAAGGUGGAUAUGUCCCAGCACCAAGGGGAUGAGAUGGAUUAUGCGGCAGAUGAUUAUGAAAUGGCAGAAGUAGAUGAUGAUAUGUACUUCCGUGGUAGAGUAAUGGGUGAUUCAGAGUCGGAUGAUGAUGAUGAAUAUGACCACUUGGACAAUAAGAUACCAGAUACAUCUGCAGCAGAUGCUAGGAAAGGAAAGGAUAUCCAAGGAAUUCCCUGGGAGAGACUUAGCAUCUCCCGUGAGAAGUACAGACUAACUAGACUAGAGCAGUACAAAAACUAUGAGAACAUACCACAUUCUGGAGAAGGUUCGGAGAAGGAGUGCAAGGUCACAAAGAAAGGUGGAGCUUAUUAUGAAUUCUGGCGAAACACAAGAUCUGUGAAAUCGACCAUCCUUCAUUUCCAAUUGAGGAACUUGGUUUGGUCUACAUCAAAGCAUGAUGUCUACCUUAUGUCUCAUUUUUCUAUCAUUCAUUGGUCUUCGUUAAGUUGCAAGAAGACUGAAGUUCUUAAUGUUUCUGGGCAUGUGGCGCCUUGUGAGAAACACCCUGGAAGUCUUUUGGAAGGAUUUACUCAGACACAAGUGAGUACUCUGGCAGUCCGAGAUAGGUUGUUGAUUGCUGGAGGAUUUCAGGGAGAACUUAUUUGUAAGUAUUUAGAUCGACCUGGAGUUUGCUUUUGUUCACGAACAACUUAUGACGACAAUGCUAUCACAAAUGCAGUAGAGAUUUAUGAUAGUCCCAGUGGGGCCACUCAUUUCAUGGCUUCAAAUAAUGACUGUGGAGUUAGGGACUUCGACAUGGAGAGAUUUCAUCUUUCUAAGCAUUUUUCCUUUCCUUGGCCAGUGAAUCAUACCUCUUUGAGUCCAGAUGGUAAGCUUCUUGUCAUUGUUGGUGACAACCCAGAUGGAAUACUGGUGGACUCUCAGACUGGAAAGACCAUCAGGCCUUUGUGUGGACACUUGGAUUUCUCAUUUGCAUCUGCAUGGCAUCCUGAUGGCAAUAUAUUUGCCACUGGGAACCAGGACAAGACUUGCCGCAUUUGGGAUGCUAGGAACUUGUCUAAGUCUGUUGCUGUGCUCAAGGGCAACUUAGGAGCAAUUAGAUCAAUCCGUUUCACAUCUGAUGGGCGAUUCAUGGCUAUGGCAGAACCAGCUGAUUUUGUGCAUGUCUAUGAUGCGAAGAAUGGUUAUGAAAAGGAGCAGGAGAUCGAUUUUUUUGGUGAGAUCUCUGGUGUAUCUUUCAGCCCUGACACAGAAUCCCUUUUUAUUGGAGUAUGGGAUCGCACCUAUGGUAGCCUCCUUCAGUACAAUCGCUGCAGGAAUUAUUUGUACCUUGACUCCCUGUUGUGAAAUCAUACCUGUAUUCCUUACUGAGUUCAAUAACUGCGAGCUAUAUUCAUUUUCCUAGGAACAUGAGUAUGGUUGAUUGGAGAGGCAGUGUGCAUGGACGCAGGUGAUGAUGUCUCAAGUUACAAGGAAGAGCAUGGGACAGGUGGGUUGUGGGGUGCGCACAGAGAGGGCGGGUUACUGCACUUGUUUCUUUGUUUUGUUACUUAGCUCUCAAAUAAUACUAUCAAUCUUUGGAAAAGAGGAUAGUGAGGUUCAACAGUUGAAAAGGGAUAUAAAAAGAGAGAAUGUACAGAGGCCUGGAGUGCAUUUGGGAACGCAACCUUGGAAAGAAGCACCCAUCACAGCAGGAUGGGACUGGACUUCUACGCUAAAUAAUGUGUAUCUGUAAAAUUUCGCUGUUUUAGUAAACUAUUUUUUUAGCAACUUCUGGGAAUUAAUUAGUUUGUCA